ACGCAGCAGGACUUGCUACUAGACGGAGGAGAAACAAUUAGUAAAUGUAACGAUUAUAAAUACCUGGAGCUAAAACCACGAAAAUCACGAACACUGGACGGAGCCAUUAAAAACGGAAUAUUCAGGGCAGGAAAGCAAUUACGCUUUUAAACUCAGUACUCUAGGACAAGCAGAUAAACAAUCAAAACAAGAAAUAGAUCUAUAAUGCCGUAGUAUAAAGCAUUAUAACGUACAGCUGCACAGUAUGGCAUAUGAAGGAAAAAUCAAAACAAAUGUUAGAGGUCACCGAAAUGGAUUUCUGGAAGAUCAAGACGAGAACAUGUCACCAAUGAAAGGAUACGAGAAAUAAUGAAGGUCACACAUACAAUAAAUGAGGAAAUCAACUAAAUAUAAGUAAGAUGGUUUGGUCACGUACAAAGAAUGGAUGAGGAUAGAAUCCCAAAACAAGUACAAAACUCUCAUAUAUAGCUCGUAAUUUAUCGCAGUUGUUUUUUAAUUUGUGCAAAGUGGGGGGAUCAGCCCAAUAGGGGUAUGACAAAUACAUACCACAAGAAUAAAGAGAACUUAUGAAUAAAAAACUGAUGAUGUUUUCUAAUAGAAUCUUACGAGCUUCCAGGAUCUGAUUAUAAUACACAUAUUUAUAAAUAGAAUAGAUGCCUACAUUCUUUAUAAGUAUGGAUUUUUCUAGUUGAAGAAUUAAUGUUUUAUCAAUAACUUUAAGAUUCCAAACUCGUUUUAGGGCAAAUGCUGAAGUAAUAACAUAAUUUACUAAAAUAUCUUUGUUAUAUUGAUUCAAAUUUACGGAACCCGAGUUAAAUAACAAAAGAAUAAACAAAAUUUACACCUUACAGACAUUAACACGUUAAGCCCCAUGUGUACCACACUGGCACACACUCUAGUUUUAUCUGGGACCGUGUGUACCUAUCAGGCCACAGCGAAGUGUCGUGUUCCUAAUGCCGUGGCUCGUCGAGGAUCGCAUUUGCCGUGCUUUCUUAUGUAUAAAUGUGUGUAAACGGUCUGUGGUAAACAAAAUCAGAGGUUGGUCCGUUAAACCACGUGUUCACAAACAGGUUAGGUUAUAAUUUCUAACAUGCUUCAGUCAGUAUCGGUUCGAACGUCUAACGAGGCUAACACUAUUUUCUCUUCAGUUUUUUGUUAAAAAGUGGAACUAAAAAAUAAGAUAAUGUUCCGUAAAGGACUAUCGGAAGACGAACUUCGCAGACUUGCUGAGGAGAGUGACUUUAGUGAUAGUAGUAUGUCUGAAAGUACGUUUUAUGAUUCUGAUGCCGAUCCAGUGUACAAUGAAAAUGUUACUGAUGGUUCUUCAGACUCAUACAGUAGUGAAUAUGAGUCUCGUAGAAAAAAAGCUAAAAUUUGCAAACAAACACAAAAUUGCAAAGAAUUUACUGCAGGUUCUAGUUCUAACCAAAAGGAGGCUGAUACAAGAAGGAUAGAAAAAGCUGAAUCUGCAAACGUUAGCCUGGAAGCUGUUAUUGACGAUGUAUCAAGAAAUAAAAUAACUGCAGGUCCUAGUUGUAUCCAAAAGGAGGCUGAUACAAGAAGGAUAGGUAAGUUAUUUAGGAAUGCACAAAUUCUGUUUGUAGUUUACUUUUUUUUUGCUUUGUAGAAAAAGCUGAAUCUGCAAACGUUAGCCUGGAAGCUGUUAUUGACGAUGUUGUAUCAAGAAAUAAAAUAACAUGGAGCGAUGUGCCAAAUCCAGAUGAUCUCAAUAAGUUCGAACUAUCAUUUACUUCAGGAAUAAAUCAGGAAGAACUCGCAAAACUUACAGACCACAAACCAAUAGAUUUCUACCUACUGUUUAUCGACCGUCAAGUGCAAGAUUUGUUGGUUACUGAAACUAAUAAAUACGCCGAACAAACCAU